AUGGCGGAACCAUCAUCUUCCAAUAUUCAACAAUCCACCGUUGAUCCCUACGAAUUUCUCAACAUCAAACUCAACUCAGACGGUUCCUUAACAAGAUACGACAUUGUCCCCACCUCAGUACCAUCCACCGAUCCCAGCAAGUCGGAUCUCGCUCACUCUAAAGACAUAACCAUAAACAACGCCGCUAAAACCUCCAUACGUCUCUUCAUCCCACACACUCCACCACCUCCCGGAAAACUUCCCCUCAUUCUAUACUUCCACAGCGGCGGCUUCGUCUUGUACCACCAUUCCUCCCUUAUCUUCCACGAAUCAUGUUCCUUAUACUCCUCCGAAAUCCCCGCUGUUGUCGCCUCCGUUGACUACCGUCUCUCGCCGGAGCAUCGUCUUCCCGCCGCCUACGACGACGCCGUCGAUUCUCUUCUCUGGCUCAAAUCCCAAGCGCAAAAUCCAAAUGAAUCUGAUCCAUGGAUUAAAAACCACGUCGACUUCAAUAACUGUUUCGUAAUGGGAGUUGGCGCGGGAGGUAACAUCGCCUACUUCGCAGGUCUGCGUAGUCUCGAUCUCGAUCUCUCACCUGUUAAAAUCCAAGGGCUGAUAUUAAACUCUCCGUUAUUCGGUGGGGUCCAAAGAACGGAAUCUGAGCUUUGUUUGAUCAACGCUCAUGUAUUACCCUUACCUGUGGCUGAUCUCAUGUGGAACCUGUCUUUGCCUGAGGGCGCAGAUCGCGACCACGUGUACUGUAAUCCAACGGUUGCAGAUGGAGUAUAUGGUGAGAAGAUCGGACGGUUGCCGAGGUGUUUCGUUAAUGGAUACGAUUGGGUUAUUCCAGGACCGGGUGAUUAUAUGGACCGCUGUGGGGAUCCCGUGGUGGAGAAACAAAAGGAGUUGGUGAAGAUUUUGAAGGCACGUGGGGUGCACGUGGUGUCUUAUUUUCGUGAGCGUGGGUUUCAUGCUAUGGAAAAUGUUAACCCUUUUAUUUCUAUUGUGCGGCAUUUGGUUGAGGACAUUAAGACGUUUGUAGAUAGUUGA